ACGAAGGUCGUGUAUUCGGAAUUAUACAUGAUACAUUUUUGGCCAAAACAGACAAAAAGUACUACCGGCACCACUUCAAUGGUUUAUAAGCCCACAGAAUUGCCCAUACUUUUCAAAUCAUCAGCCCAUUUUUCUUAUCUUCCCUCCUAGGCCUCAGCAUUUACUUUCUUAUCUUCUCUACUUUUGCAUUUACAAUGGCACCCGGACUUGACUUCUUCAAAUCUACGGAAUCUACCAGCGCCCCCGUCAUCGAAGUCAGCGCAGAUGAAGUGCCUGCUGUAACCCCAUCAACUGUUGAUGACGGUCCUCUUGACCCCAGUGUCUACUACAAUGCUCGCCUAGACCCCAAGAACUUCCUUGAGGGCCCUCUUUCAUGGAACCCCGCCACCCGACUUCGCCAGAUGCUCGCCCGCCCAGGUAUUGUUGUUGCACCUGGUAUCUGUGACGGUAUCAGUGCCCGCUGUGCCAUCGAAGCAGGAUUUGAAUGCAUGUACCAAAGUGGUGCUGCUACUACUGCUUCUCGUCUCGGUCAACCCGAUCUGGCCAUAGCCACCUUAAACGACUUUGUGCAGAGUGCACAAAUGGUGUGCAGUUUGCAACCCACCAUGCCUGUUAUCGCUGACGCUGAUACUGGAUUUGGUGGACCUGCUAUGGUGGCACGUACUGUUACUCAAUACGCACGGGCUGGUCUUGCCGGUCUUCACAUUGAGGAUCAAGUUCAGACCAAGCGCUGUGGUCACUUGAUGGGCAAGCAAGUCGUGUCGCGUGAAGAGUUCCUCACUCGUAUUCGCGCUGCCGUCAUCGCUCGUGAUUCGAUCCCUGGAGGCUCGGAUUUCGUCAUCAUCGGUCGUACAGAUUCAGCACAAGUGCUGGGAAUGGAAGAAGCCGUUACUCGUCUCAAGCUUGCAUCUGAUGCUGGUGCAGAUGUCUGUUUCAUUGAGGGCGUCAAGACGAAAGAGCUUCUUGAAACGACUGUCGCAGCUCUCCACCCCAAACCUGUCCUUGUGAACGUUAUCUCUGGUGGCCUUACGCCAUCGUUUACCUGCCAGGAGGCCGAAGAAAUGGGUGCUAAGAUUAUUAUCUUUUCGCUUGUGUCUUGCGUGGCUGCUGUCCACGGUAUCCGAGCUGCUAUGAGGUCUCUGAAGAAGACCGGGACCGACUUUAGUUCGGCUCAGGGUAUGGACCCUAGAGCCUUCUUCGAAGUGAUGGGUCUGGACGAGGUUGUCCAAUUAGAUGCACGAGCAGGCGGUUCGGCUUUCGCCACUGUCUGAUUAUUUGUUGCUUGUUGAGUGGGUCUGUGGGUCUGUUAGUUGGUCUUCGCGUUCUCGUUCAUCAUUCUUCAUCACUGUAUACGAAAUCAAGGUCCUCUAGGCGAGACCACAAUGGGUUCUAUGAGUGUUUCCAUCUGCAUCCCUGUCAGCGAUAGAUUUUAUUUACGUCUUGUUUUACCUGUUGCAAUCAUAUAAUCGUCCUAUGUAAAUUUUAUGUCUCUA